AUGAUUUGUUUGGCCUGUCAUAAAUUUACCCGACCCGAGGAACAGCUGAAUUGCUCUGCAUGCAAGGGAUGCUACCACUACAAAUGUUACAACAUAUCCUCCGCUUAUUACAAAGAAAAUCUUCCAGCCUUAAAAAGGAAUUGGAAAUGCCAUUCCUGUAAUCGGAUCACGCGACGCAAGGAGGACAACACACCGGUUCGUAGACAACUCUCUCCAUUAUCUACUGCGGCUUCGUCGCAUGACACGAACAUGUCAUGCAACGAGGUUCUGGGAACCUCCGACGUGGGGCUAAAUGACAGCCAAGUAAAUAAUAAUUCAACUGCGACCCCCACCCCUCCCGCUGCGGCAAUAACAUACGACCAGUUUGGCGCGCUGCUUGAUUCUGACAAAAACUUGCACACGGAGUACUUAGAUGUAUUAGCAGAGUACGGACUUUUUCCAGCUAUAACCAAACCAACUCGGGUCCAAACCUGCAUAGAUCACAUUUUUGUACCCGUAAAAUCUAAUGCGGAGUCCGUAGUCUAUCUCAAUGCUGCCACUGACCAUGAUAUCACUAUGGCAGGCAUAAUGUUAAAGACACACAAACCAAAAAGACCAAAACCUAUUCGAUCAAGAGUAAUAGUUGACAUAGACUCAAUAAGAUCAGAGCUGGAAGGAACGGACUGGUCAACAGUAAUAAACUGCAGCUCUCUUGAAGAGUCUGUAACUCAUUUUACUAAGACGGUAUCAGAGGCAAUAUUGAGAUAUUCAAAAACUUGUGUAAUAAGCCGCUCCAGAACUACCUUACACCCCUGGACGACUCCUGGUUUAAUCAGAUGCUCUAAACACCGCGAUAAGCUUCAUAUAGAAUAUCGCAAGGACCCAAACAACCCAACUAAAAAACUUAUAUAUACGCGCUAUAGAAAUUUUUACAUAGAUCUAAUUAGAAGACUAAAACGUGAUUACAACAAAAAAGAAAUAAUCAAAAAUAAAUAUGCUCCAAAAAAAUUCUGGGGUACUAUUAACCGCAUAACUGGCAAAGACACUAGCUCAAGUUCUAACCUGGCUCUCAUCAACUCAAGACCCUCCGUAAAAGAGUCUCUCAAUGUUUGCAACUCCUACUUUGCUUCUGUAGGUAAUAAGCUGGCAAACUCUAUCAUGCUGAAAUUAAAUGAGACUCAAGAGUCCCUUGCCGAAAAAGUUAAUGAUACAAAAGAUUCUACUUUGUCACCACGAAAACGUACUCAGAAGAACAUAGGCAAUGAAAUAAUAAACAAACGUGCUAAAGUUCAGGAAAUUGUAGAUCCAAUAUUGACAACUUCUUCAACGGUAACGGUAAUGGAAGAGAGUGCUAGUCAAACAAUAAGGGAUGUAGAUCCAGUACCGUUAAACUCUUCAACAGUAUUAAUGGAAGAGAGUGUUAAUCAACCAAUUAAGGUUAUGGAUCCAGUACCGACUAAUUCUUCAGUAUUAAUGGAGGAGUGUUCUGGUAUAGCAAUACAGGUGACAACGGACUAUGUAAAUAAAUUUCAGUCUAGUGUUCCUUCCUUCGUUGACUCCAAUGCGUCAACGCCGAGAAAAAAGAAGAUUAACACGAAUAAUAUCUUCUAA